AUGUACUUCUUUCUGGUAUGCACCUCAUGUAUUCGGUCUCGCGUCCAACAGGCUUGUAUCCUGUCACUCAUACUAUUUAACUACGCUGUUUACUGGAUUCUCUGGAGGGCCCUACGCGACAGUGACGGCGUUGAGUUUUCACCUGGACAUCGACUGACUGAUCGUGACUAUGCCGAUGAUAUCGCCUUACUUGCUUCAAAAUUUGGUGAUCUGCAGUCUAUGGUGUCAUGGGUGAACGAGGUCGCUAUAUCGGUCGGCUUAUCCAUAAACGCUGGGAAAACCAAAGUGUUUUCAAGCUGCAUCCCUGACGUUGAGAAGGCACCCCUCGGGAUUAAUGGCUGUCAACUUGAAGAAGUAGACAGUUUGAACUACCUUGGUGCGAGGCUGCCGCCUAAUGGACAGAGUAAGGACGACAUUGUCUGCCGAAUCGAUGCUGCCCGCUGGGUUAUUCAAGCCUUCGGAAAUACCUGUGGAACCGACGUGACCUAUCUAUCGCCAUUAAGAUUCGCGUGUACCGUGCACCUGUCCGGUCUGUCCUUCUCGACGGUUGUGAAUGCUGCCCCUUGCGCGUGGAGGACGAGCGAAAACUGGAGGUAUUUAACCACCACUGCUUGAGGACUAUCCUUCGAGUGAAGUUCACCGACUUCGUCUCAAAUGAGACAGUCCGCGCUCGCUGCGACAACAUCGCAAGGAUAACUCAGGCCAUCCAAGAAAGACGACUCAAGUGGUUAGGGCAUAUUCUUCGUCGUCCGCAUCAGGAGCUCACUGUUACUGCCCUCGAUCGGGCACAGUUGCCCAAUUGGAGGCGUCGAAGAGGUGCCUAGUUCAAAACCUGACUCGAUACAGUUCAUCAAGACAUGGAGGUGGUUCUUGGACCUUCGGUAUUCGGUCUCCGUCGUUGGCAAAGGGAAUGGGUUGAGCUGUCCAGAUCUGCUGCCGCGCAUUUUUCACGCGUGGAGAGGUACAGUUCGGGACAUCAUCAAGGCCGGCUAGAUCAGGCAUGAUCGCAGCCGUAUCAAGUAAAAGUUAGUAAUACUCCAGCUUUUAAUGCUAAUCAUUUCUCAGAAACGAAUAUAAGGAUUUGGGAGUAGAUUCUUCGUAACAAAACUCAGUCCGAAAGUCGAUAUGAGUAUUUGGGCUUCAGCGAGACAGUCACGUAACAUUGAAAAGUUCACAUCAGGCAGCCAGCGGAAUAUAACUACUAUUUGAUUCACCAUAAACCCAGCAUGGGUGUUAGAGGAAAGCCCAGACAGGUGGAUUGUGUGCACCAAAAUAGUCUUUAAAUGUGAAGAUAAUCAUAUAAAUGUCUUAGGGAAUAAAAUGUUAACCGAAAUCCCGAAAUUAAUUUUCGUCUCAAUAAAGAUUACUUGAGUCGAAUUGUUAUACUAAUUACCGUGCAGCAUAAUCCCUGGAAACUUUACUUAUUUCAGGGAGCCGGCUUUUAAAUGAACUUCUUUCCGGCCGCCUACAAAUGCUGCACUCUGUAAAAAAGGAUUGCUUAAUGUGCAUUAAUUUGCCUCAAUUAUUUUCCGUGCCCUUAUAAAUCAGAAUAUAUUUUAUGGAAAACAUGCAUAAAACUAUUCAUUAUUUUUGUUAAUUAAGCGGGAAAUUACGUCUUCCUUAAACUUCAUACUUGGCGCAAGGGUAUAAUUCGGUUUUAAAAAAAACGUUCGCGAUUCCCGAUUAAAUUCGAACCCGGUCUACCGUCGCACUUGCAUUCAGGGUUUUUAAACUACAAUCUGUAUAUUUUCCGUGCACGGCAAAGCAUACCUUUCUAUAUCCUACUAAGAGGAGACCGUAUUCGGUCCGCGGAUUUGUGCGCUAUUGCAAACAUUACAAGCAACGCUGGUAGAUGCAGAGACGCGAUGUUUUAUGAAAGGACAUUUAACGAUCUUCGAAGUCGCAUAAUGAGAAACUUUUUGAAACCGACGCAUGUCAUUCUGUCCAGUAUUAAAAUUAACGAAGAGAUAAUGUUCUGCCAAACGAGUAAAGAAAUGAUUAGUUUUAUACGAGUUUUCUCUUACUUAUAAUUAAAUUUAUAAGGGCAUCGAAAAUUAAUGAGAAGCUCGUGUGCUACUUAAUUGUUCGCUUUUUACAGAGUAUCUUCUCAUAGUGGUAGAAAAAUGUUCAUUCAAAAACCAGCAUUCUGAAGUUUCUAAAAUAUCUGACAGUUAUACUGCAUGGGAAUUAAUAUCACAACCCUAUCCAAGUAAUCGUUCCAAGUCAAACACGCAUUUCAGAAUUAAGAUUAACAUUUCAUUAGUUAGCACAUUUCAUGCACCAGUGAAUGUUACUUGCCGACUGAAAACCUUUUCAACCGCAUACGUUGAUCUCACACCUUAAAGCAUCAUUGCUCCCCCGUCUGUCGCCUAGUAAUGUUUACUGAUCAAACCUUAAUUUAAGACGCAGUACAGGCAUCUGACUUCGUCUUGGAGACCCGGACUUAUUUCUUUUUGAAUAGAAAGUCGCAAGACAAAAUCAAAGGGCAUAGACUGAGCACCGGUGGUUCAGCUAAGUUUUCACCCGUGAGUGAAGUCAAGCGGCGGUCCGCAGUCCAAAGUCGGCGCCUCAAAGUACGCACAGUAGGUAGGCCAACUCAUGCAAUUUCAACCGAAAUUCCGAGAUGUGUUUUCGUUUCCAAAAGAUAAUUUAAACAAGGUGGUAAAACUAAUCAUCAUGCAGCACAAUUCUAUCGCAAUUCAGUUACCUAAGGCUGCCCGCUUUCGAAAGGACUUUCUUACAACUGCAUGCAGGAACCAUACACCGUAAAAUAUGACUACUUUAGCAGCAUGCAUUCUUCUUAUUGAUUUUCUAUGCCCUUAAAAAUUCAAUUAAAUUUCAUAGAAAACAUGCAUAAAGAUAUUCCGUAUUUAUCUCAUUCGGUAGAAAAUCACGUCCUCUUCCAAUUUUGUUUUUGAUAGAAGAGUAUAAAUUGGUCUUUUAGAACUUUUCAAAUUUCCGAAUAAUUUUAAACCCCAAUUGCCGUUACACUUGCACCCAGGGUUUCCAAACUACAAGUUUUUUAUUUUCCGUGUACGGAAAAUCAUAGAUUUAUUUACGGUAGUAAGCGGAGACCAUAUGGGAUACAUAAAAUUUAGCGGUGGACUUGAGCCAUAUUAUUAACUUUAUAAGCCACAUUGGCAAAGGCAGAGACAUGAAGUAUAUGAACGGCCAUUUAAAGGGAUUAAAAAAUCUCAUCAUUAUGAAACAUUUUUAAAACCGAAUAAUACCUUUUCUUCAAGUAUAAAAUUGAAAAAAGAUGCCAUUUCCUACUGAAUGAGCAAAAUAAUGAAUGUUUUAUGUUAGGUAUCCAUGAAAUAAAAUUGAAUUUUCGGGAGUAACGAAAAUCAUUGGGAAAAAAUCAUACUUAAUAAGUAGUCAUUUCUCGCUGAGUAUCGAUUUUCCACGCAGUUAGUAAGUGUAGACUUGACCUGCAUCAAGCUUCCCAAUUACCACCCCCACAUCCACUCACAUAACCCGGUACCAUCAUAUAUGUGUUUAUACUACUCGUAAUUAGUAAGUAACCAUUAAUGAUUACUCUUUUUCGGCUAGCUGCCAGCUGUCCGCGAGUAUGUACAAAAUCCCUUUUUCACCUUCCCAUAUAUCAAUGUUUUUCUCCGACAACUUGUAACCAAGAGGAAAUUCAAAGGCGCUUGCCUAUAUUUCCCUUAAUAAACUGAUACUGAUACUGAAAGCUGGCAUACUGUGGUACUUCACUAAUUGUAGAAUCAAGCGGCAUGAUCAUUAAAUUUAAAAUUCUACCUAACUAAUCUUUUCAAGUCGAAAACGCAGUUCAGAAUUUCCGUCGACAUUUCAUGAGUUAGCCCACCCACUGCAUGUCUCAUAACUUAAGAUAAAGCUUUACUUUUAAAGACGUUAUAACUACUGGCCGGUGCGUUUUUCUACCUGAGACGGAAAUUUCACUUCGCUUCUUAUCUAAACGAAACCUUCGCUGCAGUAGGUUCCUGCAAAAGAAAGUUUUCCUCUAAUGUCUACUUUACAUAAUACUAAAGAUAAAAUAUCUGACGUUUGCGGAAAAACCCAGAUAUCAACGUCAGCAGUCCACUUUUGCGAACUUUCAAACCUUGCAGGAGUACGUUUUCAGUGACAAUGAAGUAUGGUCUUUGUCUUGUCUCACAGUGUCGGCUAGGGGCGAAAAUAUGCCAACUAUCAGUGAUAGCGCAAUGCGUGGUGUGACAUAAGCAAAUGGGUGUGGUUGAAUAUAUGAACUUCAUCGCCGCAAUCGUUAGGGCGACAUCCCGUCAUUCAGACAUCACGGUCUCACUCGCAGACGACGCCAUCCCGUUUCUAGUCGUAGGCCCACGCAAUUACGAAAGUCGCUCGACCUUUGCUAUUCCUUCACUGACACUAUUGAGGACGGGGAGAGUAAGGUGGAUCAGGCAGGCGUGCUGACGAAGCGCCCACUUCUAUACGAGUUGCAGCACUACCACGGCACACGGUAAAAAAAAUCAACAUUUUUUUCACUUAUCAACUGUGCAAAUAUGUCUGACAAGGUUUUGGCAAAUGCGUUUGGCACUAAAAGUUCAUAUUGCCCUUCCCUGACCCUAAGGCAGUCUAGAAACUGAAACAUCCUUGGAGGAACACCCGUUAGCAAUUAGCAGUCCACUUGGUGUUUAAAAGACUUUGAAAAUUAAUAGACUGUGAACUCGCCUCCAGAAAAUGUCUCAUCUGCUCACUCGAGGGGAACCGUUUGCCAUUGGCCUUCCAUGGGGUUCAUCGUGGACUCGGGGCGCACUUCCUCUCCUCAGAAUAGUAGCGCCGAGACAGAUGACCCUGAUAACAUCGUUGUAUAUGGAUAGCAGCAGGCUCACGUUUUUAGGGCGGUUCUGAUACUACCGAAACGAUGACGUUCGUGUCAUCCACUAAAACCAGGCCUGAAGGGGAUGGAUAAGUAGAGAAUAGGAGGCAGAUACGUUUCGCAUAAUCCCUUUUUUAGUGACCCAGUUUCAAGAUGACUAUUAUACGAAUACAAAAUUCACCCCAGGAGCUGUCUUUUCCAGCAGUCAAACAAACCCCGGCCACCUGUAAGACAGGGCCGGUGGUAAUAGGGAUUUUUACAGGUGGGGCCGGGGAACGCACAGCCGACGACGUCAAGUAGUUUUCUGCAAAAAAAAGCUACUCGGAAUACACCGUUUAAACGUUGAAUUGUUUAGAAAUAGUUGCCCUAACCUCUAACCCUUACUUCUAACCCUAACCCCUAACCCAAAAAAUGACACCUAAUCAUAACCCUUAACCCCAAGGCCUAACAGCCUAACCCUAAGCCCUAACCCCAACCCCUCACCGCAGUUCUAAGCCCUAACCCUGAAAUAUACACCGGAAAAUGUAGAAGGAGACGGUAGGCCGAAAGUCAAGAAGGACCACUAAUAUUGGACCGGAGAAGGUAAACAUGAGAACAAAGCAACAGGGCCGCCAAUGGAACACGCAAUCCAACGCGCAGCUGCGCCAUCCCAGCGUAAUCAAAUCAACUGAAAAUAAUUAAGUAGGUCAACAGUAUUGUGUCCAUUAGGUGCGGCUAUGCAACCAGAUCUUACCGAAAUGCUGCGUUGUAUCGCAUAAAAAUAUGCCAGGUCUAAUACAUUUCCAUGUAUGUGUGAUGUCGCGUAUGUCCAACGAAUUAGUUCUCGCGGUUAUUCCUGCAAAAAUUGUUAUUGGUUAAACGCAUUUUCUGAUAAAUGGUUUAAACUAGCCUAGAACAUCAUGAUCUGUGCAGAUGCCUUCGGUUGCGUUAACGAAGAGGAAUAAGCUGUAAACAGUAGUUGUUAAAUGUGCUAUUAUUAUAAUCCUUUAAAGCGCGACAAUGGGAACGGAGCGCAAUGUAAAUUUUACUCUCAUUAUGUUUAGGCGACUUUUGGGGAGGCUGUUCUUAAGUCAAUUUUUGUACAAAGGUACAUUAAAUAUACGUCGGGUCUUUUUAUGUAAAAAGUUAAUGACCAGUAUAAGGGGUGAACUAUAUGUGACUAAAUGGAGCACUGAAAUAUGCUUUGACGUUGAAAGCUAGGGUGAACAGUUAGUGAGCUUCGGUCACUUGCGAUAGAUUCUGCUUAUCAAGCCUCCGCUGACAUAAUAACAGUGGUUAACCCAACUCAUAACCACUGCAAGCCUGCCACUUUAUUAGUAAGAUCCCUUCAAUUCACUUUGAAUCAUAACCAGAAGCUACAACUAGAGGGCUAAACCAGAGUUAUCUGCUGUACUCUGAAGUCUGCUGUGGUCAAUUUCUCACCAAAAUAAAUCUACGUGGCUUAAAUCUGAGAGGGACGCGUUUGGAUUGCUGACAACUGGCGGAAUAUUUAAAUCCUCCUCAGGAUUGAUAAUUAGGCUUUAAUGUGUUUUUCUCUUAACGUGACCACCGACAGCCUCACGCAUGUGCGAUGCCUUAUGCACAUCCUCUGUUAGGUAAAACUUGCUGACUGUUCUAUUGGGUGGAGUGUGAUCACAAGUUUUAAUGGAAUUGCAUUUGACCCAAUGGGCCGUCCGUAGUGGCUGCUGCGUAUGCAGCAGCUGAUGAAAUUUUUUGGAUAGUUGUCCCUUACCAACUGGUCUCUCAGAUGCCUUAGUUCAUGUAUUCUUCCGCCACGGCCGCUGUAGUGCGAUUGUACCCUAACGGAGUCCCGUCUGCACAUCAUCAGGUUGUUGUUAUGAUGGCUGCGAACCUGAGCUAUGCUAUUCUCAUUUCUGCCCAUUGUGGUAUUGAGUCUAUAAUCAGAUUUGCGCGUGACGAGCACACCAAUUAAGGCUAAAUCCUCGGCCUAUUGUUCUUCUCGUGUAAAGUGAUUGUCGGCGAAGAUGCCGUUAAGCAGGUUUGGAAAACCCGUGAACCAUUUACUCAGCAUAUCGGCGCCAAAUCCCAUGUUGGCAGUGGUUGAAGUGAGAUUUGCCAGCUCGUAGGGAAUCAAUUCCGCAUCUUAGCUGAAUAUUGGGAAGCCAGUGGGUGUUCCUUUGGAAAGGAUAAAGUAUAUGUCCAGUGCAUGUGCAAGUGCCCAAUGCGGAUGCAAGUACAUUGGGCGAACGCAAAGGCAAUUGGCAACCAGGGCCGCUGAGCAUUUGCCUAAUUGUCUUUUCAAACAGGAAAAUAGAACCCCAGUUCGUCCUUAACGAAACACCUGUUAGAUAGCGGUCAUGUUGUCGACCCUAAAGCAUCCUUUCGAGUACUUGUCCGAGCACGUACAAAUCGAACCUUGCGUUAUUUGGAAGCAGCCUACAUACGGAGGGAGAAACCAGAUCUGUGCAAGCAGUUAGAUCACGUGAUCAAUCUGCAAUUGCCUAGGUAAUCGCACGUCUCUAUCUUCCUCUGACUGUGAUUUGUUGUUAACAUUUCGUCUUCCCCUUUUUUCCUUUUUGAUGCUUAUGUGGACGUCUUAUCUGAUUAUUGAUUAUUUUGAACUUUGACCUUGCUCCUAUGCACUGUCAUUCUGUACAAAAUCAUACUGCUGUGCGCUUUCAUUCGUUUACCUAUGUUAUGCAGAGACGGGUUGCAGUUGAAAAGCCGUCACGAAAUUUUUUGGCCCCAAUAAAUUCUGCUGUGCAUGCUUGUUUUCAAUUCGAAACAACAGUAGUUUUUUUUUCAUGUCGACAUUUAGAUUGCCUUUCCAUCGAUGUCCGGCGGAAUGUUUCGCGAUCAACAUUCCGUUGUCCUCACAGAGAUGGCCUCUGGCAAACUACGUCAAAUGGUGUACGUGGGUUACUCCGAAUUCAAGCCCAUUCGAGAGGGACGCCGAAUCAUAUUACGGAAGUAACUUACCAACAUGGGGUUGAAAUUCGCCCAAUCAGAUAGUGACCUGGAGUAGCUGGUAUUCCCACUAGACUUCUGAUUCAUCCAACUGGCAGGGUAGGCCUCCAAUCAUUUUAGACGACUGGCGUCACACAGCACGUGCGCGGCGUCGUAACAGCCGAGGAUGUGAACAGAGGCUCGACCUUGGUUGUUUAAUCGACACUCAUGUUCGUUUUUUUCCUUCAGCGACAUUACCUCCAAGGACACGUAUCGACGAGUAAUCCUUAACCUGUUUCCAACAAGUCGUUGUGUCGUUCUUUUCGAUUUACCCCGACUCCCUUGUAGUAGUUGUCCACUUUUUAAGGUCAAAAAUAAAUUUACAUCUUUUGAUUAUCUGCCCCGUCCUGUAUGAUGCCCCGCAUGCCUGCAUCAUCCGAUCCCGCCCGUUCUAGGACAUGAGUACUUCUAGACAGGAUUUCUUCCAAACGGCUGGUCCGUCUGAAUUCAAGCUGUCAUCAACCCCUUCCAAUUGCAUCCGUCAUCCGACGUCGCUCUCUCGCGCAGACGCUGUAGCGCGUGAGCGGAUCAUUUUAGAGGCAUCCAAACACUGUUGCCCCUUUUCUGUCAAGGCUCUCGGGACAACUGCUGUUGACAAGAAUUCAGGACGCAUCAACAGCGAACCUGCUAUAAUCGUGUGCGCUUUCAGCUAUCUAUUCAUCGUCGGACCUGUAUAGUAGCAUAAGAGAGGGUAAAGUACAGACUGAUGAUACACCGGUCUGGUGUUUAAUAAUGGAAGGCAUGUGUUUGCCGAAAUUGGCUUUCUAAAUGUCUAAAUGGGUAUCAUCACCGACCUAACGAAUACUUGGUGAGUUGCAUUGGUAUUUUUUUCAAAUAAACCUUGACUCAUUUGUUCACCUUUGCGUUCGCCCAUUGCCCACGGAGCUGGUAAUAAGUUAGCGUAGUUGUUUGCAGGAAACCCACGUGAAUAUCCGCUUCCGUUCAAAUAAAGAAACAUUGACACAAUAAACUUUUGAAUGUGAACGUGAUGUCAAAAUGCCUAUCUUAAUUUAACUUGUUCCCAGGGCAUUUUCCUUGAAAUUUAGUUAACCUAAUCUGGCACCGACGUUUAAACUGCCACACCACGACUGAUGUUUUCAGCAAAACCCGUGACGUGAUUGAUUUAUGCAUAUUUUCUGAUUGGCAACUUCCAUGGGCGCAGUGAAUGCCUUUAUUAGACUUGGCGAAUAACGCAACUAGAUAGCGGGCGAUAAAAAGCUCAACGAAUUCUAUGAAAGAUUAUCAGUACUUCGAGCCUCAACUACGAUGCUCCAAUACGCUUCGUGCCCGAACAGACUUCUGGUUUAUUUCCUUUUGACAGUUGGUCUCCUCAACCGUCUCUAUAUUGCAGGAUGGUGGAUCGCCAUCCAUCGGGAGAUCCAUUCAGGCAGAUAAGCAAGCGACUACAAGUCCGACUGGCAACACCUCGUUUACUCGCCUAAGACAAGCAGGUUUGAGUUGUCAUUCGUGGCGCAUGUUGCGAACGGUGGCCGCGGCAUCGGCAGAAGUGCCGACCGUCGCAUCCCUAGUCAACAAAUCCUGCUGCGUCCUGCACGCCAACAGAACUAUACGUUUGCGGAGAUGGCCGAGAUCGAUGAUGAUAACUGGAGACUCCCGAUUCCCAGUUCCGUUUUCAUGCUCUACCCACAGGCGCUGGAUAUGAAACAGGUGGUGGCAAAUAUAACGAGCUGCCGUCCCAUAACAGAGGUACUUGUCGUUUUGUCCUAUCUGUCGUAUGAGGCGUUUAGUCUACACCCUAAGUGUUAUUCAAGUUUUAUUUCAACGUAAGUUGCAUUCAAACAGAUUCGGAUCAUGUGAUUUUGUAUAUGCGGGUGCUCCUGACUUAAUAUUCUGAUGCGAGUUUACAUCAUCUGCUUACGCGGUAUCCAUCGAAUGAAGCAUUUAUACUGCACUUUUUUGACUGCAGUAUAUUGUCAUAGUUGAAUCUGACUACCAGUGACCAUUAAGUAAAUUCAGGGCAUCAUUCAUGUACAUAAUCGUGCAAGCAUAAGCUUAAAGCCAUCAUCUUGUAGUUCUUGGAGAAGUUGUGCACAAUGUCUCAUUCCCGGUAUCAAUUCAAUCGAAGAUAGGUUUGUCAUCCCUCUGCGCAUCACAGUCAAGGGUAGGCAGGAAAAUACCUGAUGAAGUGGCAACAGGUCACUUUUUGCUUUUUUAGAAGUCAUAGCUGCUUAACGUACAUCAGGCGAUUAGCUAGCAGUUAUGUCUGAAUAUAUAGCUAUAUAUAGAAGUGUAUGACAACUAGACACUGUUUUAAAGGAUCAAAGAGAUAUCAUUCUGUUUCUGUCAUGCACAAGGGAAAUAGUAACUUGGUGCUCUGUUUGCGUAUUUUUUGUGCUUCCGGUCCCAACUGCUGGUAAGUCUCCUAAAGAGCAAAGUUUUCUUACAGUAGACAGUUCGACGAAUCCCCUCCAUCUAACGUUGUCAGUGACGAACUACUUAUACGACUGUUCAUUUUAACUCAUCUUCCACAGUGUACUGUGUCUCAUCUGGCUGAGUCGCCUUCUCUCCCUUGUAGAGGCUCCCAAAUUUAAUCAGACGAUCAGAUUCUUCAACAUUAGCUCGACUGUCUGCGUGCCAGGAAAAGCAGUUAAAGAAGCUCUGGAUGCUAUAGUAGUGGUUAAGUCAGCCGUCUACAACUUGGCAGUUCGUGAUCGUAUUCGGAGGACCUAUGCCAAAGAAGUUAAGCGUGAACGGGUUUUCCGCAUGGCCAUGGUCUUCUCCGUAGGACUACCCCGAAGCAGCGGGUGUCGGUACUUUCAGCGUGACGGUUUGCACAUCUCACUGUCGGGGCGGGCCGGCGAGUCGCUGGAGAAGAUGCGGUAUGAAGGUCCGGAAGUUCUCAGAAAACUGGCAGAAGAAGCUCAAGUCAACGGUGACCUCCUACUGGGUGACUACGAGGACACCUACUAUAACCUCAGUCUCAAGUUAUUCCACACCUUUCAAUGGGCCUCUCGUUUCUGUCGUCCACAUUUCACUUUCCAACAACGACCUCCUGUCUUCAUUCUUCUGGACGAUGACUAUGCCUUCAAUGCUACCAUUUUGAAGACUGAACUGAAGGCAUUCUCGGACACGCAAAUUCGAAGAGUGACCUGGGGCAUGCUGCAGAUGUGGAGUCCAGUAUAUCGUCCUCUCGUCUCGCCAGGUUUUGAAAAACGGAUCUUCUCUAAACGCCAAAUGCCCUGGCCCUACUUCGCGCCUUACGCCUCCGGCGCCUUUCUCGUCAUCGGCGCCCACCUUCUUCAGGAAAUUGCCUUGGCCAUGUACUUCACUCUGCAUUUGUCAGUUGACGAUACGACUUAUUUUUAA